UGUUUACAAUUAUGGGUUUAUAACAGAGAAGAUGGCGAAGCGUAAGAUGGAUAUGAGUUUGGAUGAUAUUAUCAAAGAAAACAAAAAUGAGAGGUUUGUUUGUUACAACUGUAACGGUUCUGGGCACAUGGCCCGGGAUUGCCCCACCGGCGGCGGGGGCCGGGGUGGUGGAGGAAGAGGAGGUGGAGGAGGAGGUCGCUCAGGAGGAGAGGUCUGUUACCGUUGUGACCGGCCGGGUCACUUUGCCCGUGAGUGCCCCAACGCUGAUGGACAAAAUGGUGGAGGAGGACGUGGUGGCGGAGGUCGUAGGGAUAGAGGAGGAGGACGAGAUGACCGUGAGGGAGGUUCAGUCUGCUACAAGUGCGACCAAGUUGGUCACUUUGCCCGCGAGUGCCCUGAGAACGACGAAGGUGGACGCGGUGGAGGAGGUGGUAACAGCGGGUCUGUCUGCUACAGGUGUGACCGCGUAGGUCACUUUGCCCGCGAGUGUCCCGAAGGAGACGGAGGUCGUGACGAUAGACGAGGUGGAGGUCGGGAUCGUGGAGGUGACCGCGGCGGAGAUCGUGACCGUGGAGGCGAUCGUGGCGGAGAUAGAGAUUAUGGCGGCGGAUCCAAGUGUUACAAGUGUAACAGGUUCGGUCAUUUUGCCCGCGAGUGCCGCGAGGAAGAAGACCGUUGUUACAAGUGUCACGGGACCGGUCAUAUUGCCCGUAACUGUAACCAGGAGGAGGAUACCUGCUACAACUGCACCAAGGUUGGUCAUAUAGUGAAGGACUGUCCGAGUGCUGGGACCAAGAACUGCUACAAGUGUGGAGGUGCUGGUCACAUCAGUAGGGACUGCGCUACAAGAACCUAGAACUCCAGAUCUAGUAAGCCGUGGUACAGAAGAAAAUACAUUCGUACAGGCGAGAGAAAGGUCUUGGCAAUCUUUCCGACUUCUAUUCCGGGUUCACCAACAGUUCAACUUAAACCUGAGCAAGUCCCAUCUCUUGGGCUUCUAACCCUCACACCGCCAUUCUCAGCUUCAAGUCCAGGAUGCGUGUGUGAAAAUGCGCAAAUUGGAAUUUACUGUAAUGUCAAGGCCGGCAGUUGCAACAAUUGCCGCUCAAAAAUGAUUUGGCGGAUUUCAACAAUAUUUUGUAAUUUUUUUCUUACGGACUUUCUGACAUAGGAUUGAAGCCAUAGAUACUCCGUUUAUUCCCCGGUGGCAUUUUGGGUCAACAAAUUUGAAGCAUUUUUCCUCUUCUCGCAAAUAUAUAAAACUUAUGCAAUCUAUUCGAUGUAAACUAUAUAUGGCUUCAUGUUACGUAUGUUUCGCCCAUAUAAUUUCUCAUGAAUUGCUGGGUGUUUCAG